CCCCCCAACCUGGGAGCGCGCAGGCGCAGCCGCCCGGGAGUCCGGCCAACGGUCCCGGAGACUGCGGUGGCGCCCGAGCCUCUGCCGCCACUGCCACCGCUCGCCAUGGGCCCGGGUCCCCGGCUGCUGCUACCUCUCGCGCUCUGCGUGGGGCUCGGCGCGCUCGUGCCUUCUGCGGGGGCCUCGCGCGUCGGCAGGCGAGGCCCCUCGGUGACGGCCAAGGUCUUCUUUGAUGUGAGGAUCGGAGACAAAGAUGUUGGCAGAAUUGUGAUUGGCCUCUUUGGAAAGGUUGUGCCCAAGACUGUGGAAAAUUUUGUCGCUCUGGCCACAGGCGAGAAAGGCUACGGAUAUAAAGGAAGCACAUUUCAUCGCGUCAUCAAAGAUUUCAUGAUUCAAGGAGGAGACAUCACCAGUGGGGACGGCACUGGCGGUAUAAGCAUUUAUGGUGAGACAUUUCCAGAUGAGAACUUCAAACUGAAGCAUUAUGGCAUCGGGUGGGUCAGCAUGGCCAACGCUGGGCCUGAUACCAAUGGCUCUCAGUUCUUCAUCACCUUGACCAAGCCCACCUGGUUGGACGGCAAACAUGUGGUAUUUGGAAAAGUCCUUGAUGGAAUGGUCCGAGUUCUGCCUCUUCCCUCCAAACGUUAGCUCCGUUAUGGCGAUUCUUCCCCACCUUCUCCCCACCUUAUCCUGAUUCUGCCCAUCGAAAAGCCAGGAACCGAGCUGACCCCCCUCAGAACCUAACCCACAGGGCAAGCAAGUAUUCAGCCUGCACUGCUGAAGAUAGGGUUCUCACGGGCGAGUGAGAUGAAAUAUGGCCAACACGGAUGACUUCGCAGCUCACUUUACAUCCUGUCACAAUAAAGAACAGGCCUGUGUUCUCACGAGACGUCACUGUCCUCACAGGACUGUAUUCUUACCCAGUCACAAGUGCACCACUCCGCCAGCGUCUUAGGGAACUCUGUUCUUGGCGUGAGCCGAAUGGGGGUGUGCGUGUGUUCAACCAGUCUGGGUUUUUGACGAGUGGGCCGAACCAGGUUUUGAACGGUUUAAAAGUAAACUGGUUCAGACGUUCCCGCAAUGAGUGUUGUGGAAUACAUCACGCUAACCCGUGAGAGAAUGAAGAGUGCACGUGUUGUGUUUUCUUCUUCUGGUCACGGUUUUUCUAGAUCUUCUGACCUCUCGAUCUUCUUAUGGCUGUAACUGACUGCACUGAAUUCCUUCCACCCACUGGGGUGCAUCCUAGGAGACCUGCCUGGCCUCAGAGGAACAGUCCUUAACAUUCUGAGUCAUAGACUUCUUUGAGAGAUUAAUGACAACUAUAUUCUCUCCAGAAAAAAAAAAAAAAAAUCACCAGACGUUUUUCUCCAGAAGGAAACAAUCGUGUGUGUGUGUGUGUGUGUGUGUGUGUGUGUUUCGUACUGUUGCCCUCUUUGUCUCAACCCUGUGUGGGAAGCAGGUCAGAAGCCAGUAUUCCUAGUCCUGGACAAAUCCUCCCUCCUUCAGUGUGAAGCGUCAGGUGUGUGCAGCCUUCCCGGGUAGAGAUAGGGCUUUCACGCCACUGUGGGGUUGGGGGCUCUAACUCAACCUGGAGGUUAAUGGCUGGGGUCGGCUUGAAAAUGGACAAACCCAGACCCCGCUCCACUUCUAAGGCUGCCUUCUGACCUGGUUUCUUAACGCCUAGACCGUUUACAGGGCAGAGCAGAAACUGAUCCAUGCUCCACGUUAACUCUUACGUCGGGUGUGAAGCAGGAAGAAAUGUAUUUCAUGAGAGCCAUGUGUGUACAAAAAUAUCUAAUUAUGUUUAGAAUAUAAAAUGCUAAUUAACAGAGGGAAAUUCACAAAUACGUUCUUUCACUAGCAAGGGAGUGGAUACAUUUUAUUCUGUUAUAUGUAAAUUUCCUGAAUAUGGUAAGUUUACCAUGGUUGGCUUGUGUGGUUCUUGAAAUCAUACGAAGGUCAGCGGGGGGGGAGGGGUGGAGAAAACCAAUAAAAAGCAAAAACGAAAAAACAAAAAAACCCCUAAAAACAACAAAAAAAACCCUAAAAACAACAAAAAAAAACCCUGGUUUCCCACUUGGGCUUUCAGACUGGGCAGCGAUUUCACCUUCUGACCGCCACGGUUGCC